CUCGGGACACAGCUUCGGCCCCCUGUUGUCCCUUCUCCCUCAGGAGCUCUGAGACCUUUGGGGUUCUUGUCAAGCUCAUUCACGGGCCUGCAAGGACUUAACGGUGAGUAGCCAGGCCAGAGUCACCUCGGAGGAGCUGAGCAUGACCCGGGAUGAGGCACUGCCGGACUCUCAUUCUGCAAAGGGCUUCUAUGAGAAUUAUGAGCCCAAGGAGAUCCUGGGCAGGGGCGUUAGCAGUGUGGUCAGGCGCUGCAUCCACAAGCCCACGUGCCAGGAGUACGCUGUGAAGAUCAUCGACGUCACCGGCGGAGGCAGCUUCAGCUCGGAGGAGGUACAGGAGCUGAGGGAAGCCACGCUGAAGGAGGUGGACAUCCUACGCAAGGUGUCAGGACACCCCAACAUCAUACAGCUGAAGGACACGUAUGAGACCAACACUUUCUUCUUCUUGGUGUUUGACCUGAUGAAGAGAGGGGAGCUCUUUGACUACCUCACUGAGAAGGUCACCCUGAGUGAGAAGGAAACCAGAAAGAUCAUGAGAGCCCUGCUGGAGGUGAUCUGCAACUUGCACAAACUCAAUAUCGUGCAUCGGGAUCUGAAGCCUGAGAACAUCCUCUUGGAUGAUGACAUGAACAUCAAGCUCACAGACUUUGGCUUUUCCUGCCAGCUGGAGCCAGGAAAGAAGCUGCGAGAGGUCUGUGGGACCCCCAGUUAUCUGGCCCCUGAGAUCAUCGAAUGCUCCAUGAACGAUGACCAUCCAGGCUAUGGGAAGGAGGUGGACAUGUGGAGCACGGGGGUCAUCAUGUACACCCUGCUGGCCGGCUCCCCGCCCUUCUGGCACCGGAAGCAGGUGCUGAUGCUGCGGAUGAUCACGAGUGGCAACUACCAGUUCGGCUCGCCCGAGUGGGACGACUACUCGGACACCGUGAAGGACCUGGUCUCUCGCUUCUUGGUGGUGCACCCCCAGAAACGCUACACGGCAGAGGAAGCCUUGGCACAUCCCUUCUUCCAGCAGUACGUGGUGGAGGAAGUGCGUCACUUCAGCCCCCGGGGCAAGUUCAAGGUGAUCGCCCUGACAGUGCUAGCUUCAGUGCGGAUCUACUACCAGUACCGCCGGCUGAAGCCAGUGACCAGGGAGAUCGUCAUCCGUGACCCUUAUGCCCUCCGGCCUCUGCGCCGACUCAUCGAUGCCUACGCCUUCCGAAUCUAUGGGCACUGGGUGAAGAAGGGGCAGCAGCAGAACCGGGCUGCCCUCUUCGAGAACACACCCAAGGCUGUGCUGCUCUCUCUGGCUGAGGAGGACUGCUGAGGGGCUGGCGGGUGGGGAAGGCUUGGGGGGCAGGUGGGGAGGGGAAGCCACGGAAAUGCAAGUCAAGGGG